AUGGCAAGAGACGAAGUGAUCUCGGUGACCCCGGCGGUUUGCCUGAGGGAACAACGAACUGUGAUUGUGGAGGGCCUUGGUGUCCUCACUGUCAGGCUCCGAGACAGGUUGAUUUGGUUGUACGAGGCUUUGGUUCUGCUAUGUGGCCUAACAGAGGCCUGUAAGAGAUUGCAGAACGGCCAAUAUCGCCAAAUUGCUGAAACUAGCGAGCCUGGGGGAAGUUCUCGCACAACUCUGGAGUUCUUCGUCAAUAAAUUGGCUCAGGUCGGUGAUAACCGGCCGUUCGGAGACACGAUCACAGCCCUUGCAAUCAUCCAAAAGCCUGACAAGAUGCAAUACAUUUUUGCAUCCAACCAACGAAACUCGGAGGAUGCUGGAUCUGUAGUGAGGAUUAUACAACAGCUACUUGAUAGGAUGGGUCUACAAACCCGGGUCGACGUUAGAGAUGAUGAUAAAUCUCCACUCUUUCGUGAACUUCUUCGCAGCAUACUUCUUUUCCAUACGCAACGGAUCACCCUCUACAAAUCUCGACUCCAAAAACGGCUGGACCAAUGCAUUGAAGACUUGAAAACCAAGUCGUUUGAAGCAGGUAUUUUCCCCACUAAUCAAGUAGAAGGCGUUUACGGUACUCAUUCACCUGGGGACCCUCUGCUUGAUGAACUCGAAUAUCUCAAGACUCUCACUCGGGCUGGGGAGCCCUCGAAUGAUAACGAAGAUUUCGCUCGUAACUCUGAAUAUUUAAUUCUGGCUGCAAACGGCUUCCUCAAGAGUCCGAUGUACGAAUCAGUCAUUGAAAGAGCCAGAGAAGGACGUUUCGAUGAGUCUGAGCGCUGGUGUGAGCUACAGCAUUUCAUCGGACGGCUUUCUUCGUAUCACGUCGCUGUUCGAGCUAUCAUCUCCAGUCGGAGACGGCUUCACCCGGAUCUGUUCGAAAACUUCGAAAUUCUCUGGUUACCGUCGAGUUCACCCAUGAAUAAUCCAAUGAAUAUGCUCCAGAGCCACAUGGCGGUAAAGACGCAACAAAAGAGGCGUUCAGCAGAGAGUAUUAUUAGACGAAUGAUGUCGAACACAGCGGACCGUAAUGUGACUCUCGAACAGGCCAACACACUUCAAGUCUGUGACUUGGAUAAGUGUAUCAGUAAUCAGUGUCAAAGGAAAUCCUUUCAUCCCAUUGUUCAUUGCGAGAUCUUAUUAUUGCAUUAUCUUUGUCGAGAAUGUUGCGGAGAUCGCCACCACAUCCCGUUCUUCGAUGACGCCAGAUAUAUCGGCUGCAGCAAACCCACUUGCCGGCUGUGCGAGUAUUACUUUGCUGCUCAUAAUAGCGACAUCCGGGUUCGGUCCGGUCACAAGAAUGUCUACUCAAAUUGGACUGUCCCGAAUUUAUUUGUUGACAAUUCCAUCGAAGCCAAGGAAAGAGACAAUCUGCUAGACAGGGUCAUCAGCAAGAUCCGAGAGGAUGCACUUCGUGCUUUGAGAGACAAAACAUCUGAUGGCAAGAGACACGACUCCAACACGCACUCUUCUCACCCAACGUUUCGAUCGACGGAAGCCAACGACCAGACAAACAUGGGAGGUUUGGCGUUGGCAUUAGCAGACUUGUCUCUCGGCGGAGCAGCCAACGCCUUUCAACUCGCUUCACGAGACAAGCAGAGCAUCUUUGCGGAAGCUGUGGGAGACGAGGCGGAUGAGGAAGAUGUUUGGGAAUGUUCUGACAUAGACCUUGCUGAGCACUCUGGCGGUGUGUCACUCUAA